UUCAGUCGAUGAAAAUGAAAGCUGGACACAGCCAGCUGGAACCUGUGGUUCUUAUUUUGAUCUUUAAUUUAUGUUUUAACGCGAGUUAUCACCUGACUGAGCUGCAGGUAUGUAAGCUCUGCAGCGGGGCUGUCAUAAAUGGCACCACUGUGGCCGAAUUUUGCUCAGUAUCCGCUGGACGGAUAGACGGGCGCUGCUGCUUCAGAAAUGACAACACAACUGACCCUGAACACAUCAUCGGGUUGGAUCUAUCCAACUGUUCACUAACUCACCUUGAGGAUCUUCAUGAGGCAUCAACAGCGUUAAUGAUAGACCUCUCGCAUAAUCCCUUUGUCAACAUCAGUGACACAGCAUUUCAAGGAUUUGUUGAGUUAAAUUACAUGAUUUUGCCAGAAGACAUAGUUUGUCCAGGAGGCAACACGUCUUGGUCAAAGGUGGAGGUCAAAGAUGGAAAUCGUAUUUGUGAAGGACAGAAAAAUGUGUGCAACCAGACCGGACAGCUGUCCAUGAACUGCCCGGAGAACUCCCUCUGCGCCCCCUAUGGUCCCGGCAGCUUUGAGUGCAGCUGUGCUGACAACUACCAUGGAUACAAGUGUCUUCGGGAGGGGAAGUUCCCAGCUCUUCAGGUGUUUGGGCCUCUCGGAGCAUCUACAGUCGUGAUCUCCCUCCUACUGUGGGUCACCCAGAGACGUAAGGCCAAAUCCCUCUGAGGCUGAACUGCAGUGGUCUGGUUUUUAUCUUUACCUGCAAUGAUCUACUGAGCUGAAGCUGACAAUUCAUAAAGGGAAAUAUGCUGACACAAAGUCUGAGGCGACCCCAGGCUGCUUUUAGACUAGAAUUUAUUUAAUUUUACACCUUUCUGGGGCAGCUGUUUUACUUAGGGGAAUUUCUAAGUCUGACAUUUGACUAUUUUAUUACUGAAUCAUUUGUGCAAUUUUAGAGAAAGGAUUUUCCCCAAGUUUUAAUUACUUUUUCUAAAUUUUUGUCAAAAAUUACCACUAUUUACAGCUGACUGACACGGGUUAUUAAUGAAGAGGCUGUGUUAAAAUCCUGAACCUUUGCUUGCUGUUAAUUGUGCCAAACAUUUACUGACUGAGUUUACACAAUGGUACUACAUAUCCUACUGCAUAUAUGAGGGGAGUUGUAGAAUGACUAUUUACUGCAUGUUGAACACAUACUUUACUCAGAGAAAAAAAAAAAACAAGCCAGGUCCACAACAUGAAUCAUGUAAACCAUUGAAAUAUCAAGCUUAGUUUUUAUGUAUUACAAAGUGAGGCAUUAAGUUAAUCUCCUAGUGUUAUUUAGCUGUCACUUGCUGUGACCACAUCUGACAUGUUUCAAUGUUGUGUACUUAUUGUUGAGUUAAACUCUGGUAUCUCAUAAAAUGUUUGUCCUUGUCAUUGAAUUAUUUGUUCAUAAGUCACAUGUAGUAAUGUCUUGACGUUGAUGGGUGAGUACUUACAAUGCUUCUUCCCAAUAAGAUUCAGGGUUCCAUUAAAGAUUUUAAAACAGUA